AUGAAGAAAAUCAGUGUGGUGAAUCUUGAUGCACUUUUAGAGGGCUUUUUAAAUAUAGAAAAGGUAAGAAGAGUAUAGAUCCUUUAAUUGUUAUGCCAAUGUGUACACACACACACACACGGUGCUUUUUUCUGGGGGAAUGCAGGGGUACGCAUACCCCUAAACAUUUUGUGAAUCUUUGUACUUUUGUCCAUUUACUAUAUUUAUUUUUCCUGAUUUGAACUAUAAAAUGGUGAUUUUCUGAGUCAAAAUGAGAGUACCCCUAAACAUUUUUAAAGAAAAAAGCACUGUAUAUGUGUGUGUGUUUAAUUGUUUUAUAUAUGCAGUUGUUAUACACACACACCACACCACACCACACCACACAUAUACAUAUACAUAUACAUAUAUGUAUAUGUAUUGUGAAUCGCUUUAGGGUGCCUCAUGGGAAGUGAUUUAUAAAUGAAAUAAAUAAAUAAAACAAUAAAUAAUUGCAAAAUGAAAAACAGCUUAAAAAAAAAGAGUAAAGUACAAAAGUCAGCAGAUGAAUUCAGACAUCACCCAAAACACAGCUGUAUAUCCUCUAUGAAAUCUUUCCAUAAUUGCUCUGUGGUUAACUUUUUGUGGUUAAUGCUCUCAGGUCUCUAAUUAAUUGUUGCCUAAACAGCACAUGGCUAGACUUUAUUGCCCAGGCCUUAGAGCGACUGUGAAGAUGGGAAGGUAAUGUUAAACAAUUUGUUAAAUUUUGAAUUCUCAACUUUUCUUACAGAAAAUAUCAGGGCUUCAUGGAAAAAAUAAUAUUCUUAGUCUUCAGUUAGAUGAAACAAACAAGUUACUGACAACAAGCCAAAUGAAGGAAGAAUCAGCUAAAGAAGGUAAGCAUUCCUUGGCACUGUUUUUAUAACCACAGAUUUGAUGAGGUGGACUUGUGCCCAUUAAAGUUUAUUGCAUAAUAAAUUUGUUAGCCUCCACAUUGCUGUAUUAAGCUGUAUUAACUGUAUUAAGAUAACCAAGCUCUCCAGAACACAUCAUCGGGUUAGACAGUAAAGAAAGGGGGUAGGCAGAAGAUGUGGCUGAUGAUAAUGCCGUGAGUCUGCAUCUGGAGAACACAGCAUAACCUCCAACAUUUCUCCAAUGAAAAUAGGGACGUCCCAUUCCAUAAUGCUCAUUUUACUAUUUAUACCCCACACAUCUUACUUGAUUGCCCCAGGCACUCUGGGAGCUUCCAACAUAUAUAAAAACAUAAUAAAACAUUAAACAUUAAAAAAAACCCUUCCCUAUACAAGAUUGCCUUCAGAUGGCUCAGGUGUUGGAUAAUUCUAUACCCUCCAAUAUUUCUCCAAUGAAAAUAGGGACAUCCUAAGGAAAAGUGGGACAUUCCGGGAUCAAAUCAGAAACCGGGAUGGCUUAUCUAAAUCAGGGAGGUCCCUGGAAAAUGCGGGCACCUGGAGGGUCUGAGGCAGCUGGCACUCAAAUGAGACUCUUUAAAGUGCUGUGCAGGUAUCAUGUUGGUACCUGCAACAGGUUGUGUGCUAGGAAGAAAAAUGAUUCCACAUAUCUGGAUAUAUGUCCAGGUCUAUUAGCAUACUUAGGUGAAACACUAGGAAGUUUUAAUAUUAACAAAGGUGAAAAUUAAUUUAUAUACUAUGGUAGGUAAAAAAAAAGUCUAUAGAAGUAAAACUGUAACUUAGCAGUUGUGGAGAUGUUUCUUCUAAGAAUAAAGCCCCUUUUCUAUUGAAAGCAGUUUGUGUAAUAUAUCACAGGAAUAAUAGGUUGCCUGUCUUUACUGCAAGAAUUCAUUUCACAAAACAAAACGUACUAAAAGUGUGAAGCAUUUUAGGAUGAAUGCUUAAAAUCGGUUAUAUUUUUCUGUGAAGGGCUAUGUCUGGAUUAUAGCUUUUGUAAAAUAAAUGUUCUUUCAAUGUGUCUGAUCUUAGUGAUCUGCAAAUCUGCAUAUGAGCUGAGAAGGACUGUCACAUGGAGGGGGGGCAUGGAACAAUUUACAGCCUAUGAAGCAUGCUUCAAAUGCUAGAGCAGACUGGGGGGAAACUGCCUUUAAUCAUAGAUAUUUUGACUUGGCAAAUGAUAUAUUUGACCAACCAUUCCAACUUCUGCUAAUACAAAGGCUUUUCUUGAGAAGAAAGGGAAUGAUAUAAAACACAAUGACAGCUUUUGACUUAUUAAGCAUUGGCCUGGUUUUUUACAUUCCUGGUUUAGACAAAGGCUAGCAAGUAACUGGAGUCCUCCAUUAAAUAAUGUAAUGGAAGCAACCAAUGCAGAUAUUAAUUCAAUCUUCUCCAUAAAUUAGUGCUGCUGUAGGUCUGAGGGGUCACUAGGUAAUAAGCUCCAUAUUUCAAAAAGCUCUGCCCAUUAUACAUUUGAUCCUCCAGCUUUGCCCAUGAGCCUCCAAAUUCUGCCUUGGCUUUGUCUGCCCUUGUUCCAGGGCUAGCUAGCAUUUUAAAAAAUAGUAAAAGUUUGCAAUAGGAUAUUAACAUAAGACAAGUAUCUGAUUAUGGAACAGUGCUUCCUGACUUGGUUGCACUACAUUUGAUGCAUUCCAGAUUUAAGACCAAAAUAUGUGCCUUAUUUUGCAAAAUUGUAUUGUGAAUUGGCAUUCUAUGCUGACAUGUUUUCCUUUGACUUUAUUGUUUUUGCUACUUGUAUUGUUAUGACAAAAAAAACACACCAGUAAAGGUAAAGGACCCCUGCCCAUUAAGUCCAGUUGUGAAGAACUCUGGGGUUGCGGCGCUCAUCUCACUUUACUGGCCGAGGGAGCCAACGUUUUUCCGGGUCAUGUGGCCAGCAUGACUAAACCGCUUCUGGCAAACCAGAGCAGCACACGGAAACGCCGUUUACCUUCCCGACGGAGCGGUACCUAUUUAUCUACUUGCACUUUGACGUGCUUUCAAACUGCUAGGUUGGCAGGAGCUGGGACCGAGCAGACAUUAACAAGAUGACUUUGAUGGUGAAAAGUGCUGGAUAGUCUUCCUAAUAUAAUGCUAUCACAUGAUUAAUUGAUUUUUUAAAAAUCAUCUAAAAUUUCUUAUCCAUUAAGUCUCUGUGUUAAUAAAACAAUAGCAAUGAAGGUAGAAUGUUUUUAAUGUAAUGCAUGUAUGCACUACAUCAGCCACCAUAUAAAAAUAGUUUCUGCUACCUGCAUUUUUUUGUAAGUGUAUGCAUUAAAAAUACCUAAAAUACCCACACACUGCUGUCUUUUAUCUGCUAAGUUUAUUUGUUUGAAUGUUAGGAUUCUAUUUCCUUUGGGCAUAUUUUAAACAAUGGGGCAUAGGAGGAGCCAACUCCAGGGGGCCAUGGGUGCUUGGGCACCCACAAUAAUAUAAUUGUGGGGGCUGGGCACCCACAAAGUCAAUGAGAAAAGCCGGCAGGUGGAGGGGUUCUGGGAUGCUGAGGCAGGGUCUCUCUGUCUCUGUGUCUGAGUCCCUCCUCCUGGAAAAGGGUGGCUCACUGGCUGCAGAGAGGAGGAAGAGGAGCUGCUGCCACCAGCCACUGCAAUGCGGACAUGUAAUGUCACACGCACAUGUCUGCACAUAGUGCGUGUGACAUCACACGUACUACGCUCAGGCAUGUGCAUGGGAUGUCACACAUCUGCAUUGCGGAGGCAAGCACCCACAAUCCUGAGGGCAAGUUGGCACCCCUCCAAUGGGGUGCUCUAUUUUAAAAUAAAAAAGCCAAAACAAGGAAUCAAAAUCAGUUAAUAAUCUUCAAGGUGUGUUUUUCCAAUAUGCUCCAUCUGGGAGAUGGUUUGGAAAUUAGAACAGGUGCAAAGGCAAUGCUUUGCCUAUGAGGUACAGAAAAGAUAUCACUUUAAUAUGAGUUGUUGCAUACAUUGUUAUGUGGCAAGUAAGGGAAAAGGAAAGAGAAUGAGUCUAUAAUGCUGCGUGGAGAUGUUCCUCUGGUCAUGCAUCUCAAUAUAAAGCAGUGCUUUGUAUUUUUAUAAGUAGACUAUAGAAGGCAUGAACGAUAUAGGGAUGCCAGAGGUCCAUCUUGUGUUCACUUCUUGAAACUGCAAGAAGCCCUAUGAAGCUUGAGAACACCUCUUUAAAUGCAAUUAUUUUGCUGAUUCUUAAAUAGCAGGCAAACUUGUAAAAUUUCAAUGACGGCUACAAAGAAGAUGCAUAAUUUAGAAAGACAGCAUCCUGUAUAAUACUUCUUUAUUACACCAGAACAAGGAAGUAUUUAUUGCUGAUGACUAAGAUAACUUUGUGGGACGCGGGUGGUGCUGUGGUCUAAACCACUGAGCCUAGAGCUUGCCAAUAGGAAGGUCGGCGGUUUGAAUCCCCACGACGGGGUGAGCUCCUGUUGUUCGGUCCCAGCUCCUGCCCACCUAGCAGUUCAAAAGCACACCAGUACAAGUAGAUAAAUAGGUACCAAGAUGAGCGCUGCAACCCCAGAGUCGUCUGCGACCUAAUGGUCAGGAGUACCUUUACCUUUACCUUAAGAUAACUUGGAAUGUUAUGAUUAAUUAAUAAUUAUUAAAUUAUUGCAGUAAUUCAAGUGUACCAAUUUCUCUUUUUUUUCUUUUUAAAAGAAUGUGCUACACUCCAAAAUGUGAUUAAAGGUCUCCAACAAACUAUAGAAAACCAGUAUAAUUUGAGAGGUAAAAAAAAACUAGCUGCAGUGUUGAUGUUGUUCUUAAUGUGUUUAGAGACUGCUCUUGUGUGGACUAGAACACAGUAUUUGGAAUAGAGCUUCCAACAAGGGUUGACUACAGUAUGCAUAUAGAUAUGCAUCUCUAUUAAACUUCUUCAAUACAAGUUGCAUACAGCUCAGUCUUGUGUGUCUGGCAUAGGAUGCUGCUUUGGUUGAAAACCUCUGCUUGUGCGUCAUUGGCAGAUGUUGCACAAGGUUAUUUCCAUGUCAUUAUCCAUUUUUUUUGCUGGCAUAGUCACCUGGGUGGUUGGGGAGAUAAUCCAGCACAAUGCUGGUGAGUGCAUAGGUCUGGAAAAUGACAAGGAGUUUAUAAAGUUCCUGACUCUUCCACUUCUUACCUCUUUUGCUUACUUACAUAGACAUUUAUUUAGUUAUUCAGACUGUUAGUUGCUUUAUAUCAAAGAAAGUUUCAAAGCAGCUUAACAAGAUAAAAUGCAAACUGGUAAAAUCAAUAAAAAGCCAAAGAAAAAAGAAAAUAUAUAUACCAUACAAAAUUCCUAAAAUGAUCAUCCAACAAUAGAAUAAGAAGGGGAAGGUAUCUUAACUUUUUUAAAGCCCCAUGCAUAUACGCUCUAGCAAGCAUUCAAGAUGUCAAGGGCUGUUAUUCAGUCCAUAUACACCUCCCUCUUUCUUUCUUUUUCUUUCUUUCUUUCUUUCUUUCUUUCUUUCUUUCUUUCUUCGUACAGAACAUGUACAAAAUUUCUCUUGCAGUCUGACUGUCAACAAUUCCCUUACACAGAUGAAAGUGAGAGACUGAAGAACACAGCUCAUAAUUUAGAAGAGAAACUAAAAUCCCAUGAACAGGUGAGAGCAUUCAUCUUCAAAACCUUAGGUUUCUUUCUAUGGAAGACUAUAUGGAGAAUCAACCUACUUUCUAGAGAGAGGAGUUGUCUUUUGACAAUUUCUCAUUUUGAUUUCCCCCCCUUAUAUCGGCAUUGUCAUCUUCAUUGUUAUGAGCUACUUGACAAUAAUCAGAUUAGAGUGUUGGUUUCAAAUACUUGGUCUUAAUUUGUUUCUGGCUCAUCUUCUGACAUCACAAACACUUGUUCCCAUGUAUCUAUCCAAAAGAGCAGGGUAAUAUAUUAACUGAUUCAUUCCGUGUGGCAUUAUACAAUCAUGGUGGAAGUCACAACCAUUUCAAUACGAUUAAUCCUGCAUAGCAACAAUAAAUUGCAAGUGUGUAAUCUUCGUUUUGGAAAGGAAGGACCACAGUCACAGUCACACGGUAUGCUUUGAAUGCAAACCCAGGUUCAUCCCCUAUUAAAAGGGCUUGAAAAGACACCUGAUCAAGAAGUUCGUCUAGUAGUCUGAUGUGGCAUAUAGCAUUUUUACAUUUUCUAAGUCUUUUUUCAAGUUUCAUUUCAAGUUGUAAGUUGCAAACAAGUUCAGCCAAAGUAAUUUUGUUCCACUGACAACUGGAGUAAGGCUGCAAUCAGUCAGAAAAGUUGCACAGGCAGUAAAACAUGGCUUAGUUAAAACAUGGUAGAAGUUCCCAAACGGUUGGUAAAGGAACACAAGAGAGGCUGGUGAAAGCCAUGCAGCUGAAUUGGAGCAACCACCUCAGACUUCCUCACACAUCAAGUUCACAGGUAGACUGGGUGGUAACAAAGGCUUGGUUACCUAUAUUCUCCCAAGGUAAGGGGAAGUGACAUAGCUAAGCCUGGUGGGACAACUUACUCUAUGGUAUUAACACCUUCGUGCAUUAAUUCUACUUAAGAAUGCUGGUUAUAUGAGGCUCGUUAUCCCACAGAUCUUCCCUUGCUGGUGAUCUUGCUUGGAUAGAGGUGCUGCAACUGAUCCAGCAGCCUCAUUUCCUCAGGCUGCUAUGAUUCCUUCACUUCUGCAAUCUGAAGGCAACUGGUAGUUGGAAUCAAGUGUUUUUCCAGCUGAGAGCCCAGAGUAAACUCCUGUUUGGCUACUCCUCUCUGACCAGUGGAUAGGUCCUUGGCAUGAUGUUCCUGGGAGGUACAAAUGCAACCAACAAUCUCCCAGCAGCCCUCUAGCCAAUGGAUGGAUUAGCCAUAGUGAAUGAGACCAUAGUGUGCCUUCCUUCUGUUCUGCAAUCCCACAGAUAGUUGGGCAAGUAUAGUUAUUUUUACAGAAGGAGUGGGAAAGCAAACAAGCUUUGUGGUGUGUGAAUUGGGCCCAUACUCUGGGGGUUAAAUUAACUUAAAUCCAGUUGUUGCAGCUAAAGUUGUGAUCUUAUGUGCUCUUAAAGUAAGACCUAUUGAGCUAAAAAGGACUGGUUUCUUUAAAGGAUUGUCACUGUAAACUAGGUGAUGGGAGAGGCUGCAUUAUUCCUGUUCUAUAAAUUGAAACCUUGGGUUCUUUGGCCUCUGAAUGAAUUCAUUACUUCCAAAGUUAAUUCUGAAAGGAGUGUUGGUAGUUCAAAUACAUGUCAAAAAGAGGAUUCAGGGAAUUUUGUGGCAACUGAAAUCUAUUUAGACAGAUCAGUUGCUUAUUGUUUUAUCAUCUCUGCUGCUGGGAAGCUUUAUGCUACAUUAUAUAGUCUCGUGAUUUUAAUUGUAUUGUCAUUUUAAACUACCUAGAGAAUUUGGCUAUUGGGUGUUUUGUUUCAAAAGCUUGCUUAAAUCAAUUUAUAGGAACAUAAAAAUAUGGUUGAUAGACUCAUGAGAGAAAUUGAAAAGAAGGAGGAGGAACACAAGCUUGAACAAUGGAAGCUGCACAAUGACAUGAAUAAAAAAUGUAAGCAUAAAUUGUGUACACUAUAUGUGAGUGAUGCUGAGAUUUCUCAUACUUUAAAGCAAAUUUUUUGGUACUACAUACGGUAGUUCUUUUUCACUAAUGAACAGUAGUCUCGGAAUUAACUAUGGUGGAUAAAUUCGAGCUUAUCUGGAUCCCCUAAAACUGUUGUGCAUUAACUGGCAUCAUCUUCGAUGAAUCUGCUCCUCCAAGGUUUUUUUUAAUGUUUACAUGUUGAUUUUUUUUGUAUCUAAAAUUAAAAAGUUUCUUAUUUAUUAUCCCAGCUUUUCUUGCAAAUGUUUUGAGUAACAUUUUCAAACGUACAGCUUAUCAUCACCUUAAAGCCAUUUGAUUAAAUGUAAUGAAUUUUUACAUUAUUUAAAUUUUGUUCAAGUUGAAGCCAUGGAGAAAGAGCACAAACUACUAAUAGAGAAAAAGAUAUGGAGAUUUUAGAAUUAACUAAACAACUCAGAGCACAAGAAAAGAAAAACAGGAUGAGAUAAUCAAAUUGCAAAUAGAGGUACAGUAUGCACUAGAAACUCAAGAUAGAAGCCAGAAGAUAAAAGAUUGGGUCUGUUUUAUAAAGAAGUAUAUGCAAAUACAAGUUGUAACUUGUGAAUAGGAAGUAUAACUUGUUGUUUUACUGGAUAAAUUAUAAGAGCCUUAUAGCAGGCUGUUAUUCUGCCAUAACUGAGAAUAAUUUCCACUGAAAUUAAUUAGAUGUAAUCUAAAUAAAUGAGUUUCAGAUUGAGUUAUUAGAAUUAUGUUGCUUAUAAUUUUUGUUUCCUUGUUAUACUUCUGAAAAAGCAGUGGGAGCAAGAAAAAUAUUUUGAGGUGGUUUGUUUGUUUUUGUUUUGCUCCUAGCAGCACUGAAAAUGUACUCAUACUUUGAAUGUUUUAAUAUCUACCUUACCCUCUUUUGUCACAUGGUUGCAAAUUUCCCUACUGCUGCCUAUGAAUUUAAUUAUAAACUUCAAAACACGCAUGACCCAGCCAAUAAAUUGAUAUUACAUUUAACAACAUAAGAAGUACCCGGCUGGAUUAGACCAAAAGUCUAUCUAGUCCAGCAUUCUGAUCCUACAGGGGCCAACCACAUGCCUAUGGGAUGUCCACAAGCGGGAUUGGAGUAUAGCAAUGCUCUCCCACUCCUGUCCCCUAGCAACUGGGGUGCUGAGAUGCACCAUCUCUGAUACGUAGGUAGUACAGCCAUCUUGGUUAGUAUCCAUUACUGGCUUUAUCCUCCAUGAGUUUAAUUCCCUUUAAAGCCAUCCAAGUUGGUAGCCUUUACUAUCUUUCAUGGUAACAACGUCCAGAAUUUAACUAUGCACUGUGUAAUAAUCUUCUCAACACCAUGCAUAAUUUUUGCACCUCUCUCUUAUCCCUUUGGAAGCCCCCAAGUCCAAUAGCUCCAAGUAGCCUUUUCUCAUGCAAGUUUCUCCAUUUUGGUCACCCUUUUGUAGCUGCAGUAUCCUCCUUGCAUUGUGGUGAACAAAACUGUAGAGUUUUCCAAACAACCCUCUUAGGUAGAUUAGGCCCAAGGGGGUGCUUGGCCCAAGGUAACCCACUGAGCUUCAUGGCUAAGUGGGGAUUAAACCUGGAGUUCAUCCAUCCUAGUCCAGUACACCACACUGGCUCAAGAAUAGUUAAAGCAGAAAUAUUUGUAUAGGUUUUUCCCCAUUAUCAACAUACUAACAUGUGUUUUUGUUUCAGUUCAAUGCUGAAUUGGUAAAGCUUCAGACCAAAAUGCCUAAGUCCUAUCCAAAUCCCACUUCACUGCCUCAAAACAUUUACAGAAGGGUAUGUUUUCCAGCACUUUCUAAUAUCUUAAAUGUCUGGGUUUCAUUAAAUACUGGAUGGCGCACAGUAUUUCUGACAAUGAGAUUUGACUUUAAAUGUUGUGUCUUGCCCUCAUCCCUAUAUAUUAAUAUCUCUGAAAGUGUAACUCAUUGGGCCCAGUUCUCCUAUUCCUCUGAGGAGUGCCAACCAUUGGGAAAAUCCCCUAUCUAAAAUGGCUUCUCUGUUCAUUUUUAAGACUGACCUGAUCUAUAUGCACUCCCCAUUUUUAAUGACAUGUAAGCACUGUGUACACAUGCAUCAGGGUGACAUUGUCUGCAACUCCCAUCCAUUUCUGUAACACUGAAAAAUAUGCAAUAAUUAAUGUACCCUGGUUGUGGUAUUUUUAAUUUCAGGCUUUGCAGAAUUAUUAAAUGAACCUUUUAAAAUUCUUUUGGCUGUAGAAUAGAAGUGGCAAGAUGGGUACAGAAAGAAAUGUAGCAACUUUUGAGCAUCAGGAGGUGCUUAUCAUAGGUCUCGUCCUCAUUGUUUGUGCUAUGUUUUAGGCAAAAACUAUGGAGUUAAUUAAGUGCUCUAACUUCCAGCGGGACCACCAAGCUGACUCAGUGCCUGGAUGUCAUAUAAUACAUACAAACUUUUGAAAAGUAUUUGUAGAUUUUUUUCAAAAGCAAUGACACCUUUGUUUAUAUACACUAUCUUGGAACCAAGUUCUAAUGGGAAAUAAAGCAUUUGCUUUAAUCUUUGCAGAAGCUUCAGCAUCUUCAAGAAGAGAAGAAUAAAGAAAUUGAAGUUCUCCGUAAUACCAUCAGAAACUUGGAACAGAGGCUUGGCAAAGGUGAAGGUGUCCAUUUCAAAUGUUGA